GAAAGUCACCCUCGCUUAAUUUCUAGUAAAUUAUUGUAGCUCCAUUUUAGCGAAAAAAUUUUCUCACAUUAGUGAGAAAUAUUGUGAUUGCGAAUUGAUGCAAUAUUGUAAGCAUAAUCCUCGAAUAGAUUGUCUUUACUGGAUCGGAAAGUACAGCGGAUUUGUUUAAUCGCAAAGAUUGAACGUUAAAAGUGCGAUUUCAAUUGAAAAUCGAUGGGUGUAAAAGUGUUGAUGGUAUUUUCUUCACGAUAAUACAAAUAUGGCGGAUGUGGCUCUAUUCUGAAAAUAUUUAGUGAUUUUAUUGGACGUUUCUGUUGCUUUUGUAUAAUCACAUAUAAUGGAAAUUAGCCGAUUUACAUUAAUCAAUCAAAGUUUAUUGUUUUUACUGUUGAUUUUGCAUCAAAUAGACGAUAUAUCGACACACUCUCCUCCAAUAGAAUCAAAAUGGAUAAAGCAACAUACCACAGUAAAAUCUUGGGCUAACAAAUUAGGUGGUGAAUUGUGGCACCUUGGCGACUUUGUCACACGUCGAAAGGAUGUACAAGAAAGUUUUAAAACAGCAGAAAUUGUACCCAAAAGUGGUAAAAGAAUUAUAGAACCUAUGGCACAAGAGCUAAAAUAUAUGUUCCAUCAGAAAAUUAGUGCGGUCAGGCGAAUCAUGGAAUAUGCACAAAAUACAGCUUUAUCUCACGAAGGGGCACCAGUGAUUCAAAAUACUGCUUACUAUAAUGCGAAGGAAAUGUUACAACCUGGAGAUCCGGAACCGACGAAUCAAACUAAUGUUGCACUAGACGAUAGAUCAAUCCAAAUUCCAUUUAUUCCACCCUUACGUAUAGAACUUAAAAAGAAUAAACGUUUUUUCGACACUCCUGUAAAUACUUCGAUGAGCUCUGUUCACGUUCCGACAAAUGUCUUCGACAGAGACAAUGAUACCCUUUGGGCUAUCCAAUGGUCAAAGAACUUAGAUGCCAUUUUUUUAUCGAAUUACAUGGAAGAUCCGACGCUUUCAUGGCAAUUUUUUGGUAGUGCUACGGGAUUUAUGAGACAAUUUCCAGCUUCACAGUGGAAAGACGACAAUUUUGAAGAUCCUGUCGAUCUGUACGACUGUCGAUUGAGAUCAUGGUACAUUGAAGCAGCUAACAGUCCGAAAGACAUUAUUAUAUUAGUUGAUGUAUCUGGAUCGAUGACCGGUCAAAGGAAAGACAUUGCCAGACACGUCGUAUACAACAUUCUAGAUACAUUAGGACCCAAUGACUUUGUCAAUAUCUUUAAAUUUUCUGAGAAAGUGGAGGCGGUGGUGUCGUGUUUUAAUUCAACAGUGCAGGCCACCUUGGCCAACAUCCGAGAACUAAAAAUGGGUUUGGAGGAAGUGAAAACCGAUGCAAUUGCCAAUUAUUCGUCGGCAAUAGAUGUAGCUUUCGAAGCGUUAGAAAGUAGCAGAGACAAUGAUCGCGCAUCGAAUUGCAAUCAAGCCAUCAUGUUGAUAUCGGAUGGUGUGCCAUAUGACUUUACCGCACAGAUCGAAAAGUACAAUUUGAAGAAUGACACCUUUAAGCCAGUCCGAAUUUUUACAUAUUUAAUUGGUAAAGAGGUUGCCGAUGUCCAAAAAAUCAAAGAUAUGGCUUGCUCGAAUCGCGGUUAUUAUGUGCAUCUGAGUACAUUAGCAGAAGUUAGAGAACAAGUGUUGCAUUACAUACCUGUGAUGGCUAGACCAUUAGUGUUAGGUGGAGAUAACCACCCGAUCAUUUGGACGCAAGCGUAUGCUGACAAAAUUGAUCCACAAAUGACCGAUUAUUCGUGGGAAUUGCAGGAAAGAUCUGAACAAAAAAAAUUAUUUGAAAAUUACAAACAGGAUAAAAAAUUUCACGGUUCAGCAGAGGAAACAAAUAGACGACAAGCAGAGAAGGAGAGAAUGAGCUAUGAAGAGGACUAUGGAACUGGAAAAUAUAACCUUGUGACCACAGUUGCGAUGCCAGUGUACGAUAAACGAAAGAAUGCGACUUAUAUUGCAAAUUUAUUAGGUGUCGCCGGAAUCGACAUCCCGAUUAAGGAAAUACAGAAAUUUUUGGCACCAUUUCAGCUAGGGGUCAAUGGUUAUGGUUUCCUAGUUACCAAUAACGGAUUCAUUUUGUCACAUCCUGAUCACCGUCCAGUGUAUCGGGGUAUAUUGAAACCGGAUUACAAUAGUGUUGAUCUAGCUGAAGUGGAAUUGAUAGAUGAUGAUUCAAAUCCACGAGACUUUAGCGAGGAUUUGAUAACGUUCCGCGCAGACAUAGUAAAUCAAACGACAGGUAGUAGAUUUUUGGUCGUGAAACAGCAUAUCGACAAUAUGAAACGUGUUCUUCGAUUAACUCGUUGGUACUAUUGGCAACCUAUCGAAAACACUACGUUCACUCUAGUUAUAGCUAUUCCAAAACCUUAUGGGUUAUAUCGUGUAAAGUUAAAAAAUGAGCACGACAUUCAUCUGUUGAUGAAUAAAGGAUUGAAUUUGACUAGUCUGUUCGUAGGAAAUGAUUGGACAAUUCAUCCUGACUGGAUAUAUUGUCGGUAUAAUAACGGAAGUGACAAGACUCCAGAACAGGAAUUGUUAUUUUUUUUGAACAAAAUUAAAGGUGGAGCCUGGAAAUGGAAAGACAGAACGUCCCACUAUUCUAACGCUAGUGCGGGACGAAAAUCAUCCGCUUAUGAUAAGGAUUCAUAUUAUUGUGAUCGCGAACUUAUGCAGCAACUGGUAUUUGAUGCCAAAGCUACUCAGUGGUUUUCCGAUAAAAGAAAAGAUGACAAAUCCGUGGAAAAAGGCAUAAGCGCACUUUUCAAGAAACUUCCAAGAAAUGAAUUUAAUAGGAGGUUUGGAGUAAAAGUUGUAUUUUUGGCCACUCAAAGCGGACUAACUCGAUGGAAGUAUUUCGAUGAUAAAAAAAGCACUGAUGAAGAGCCUGGCCAACGUUUCAAUGAGUUACACAAUCGUGCAAUUGAUGAAGUGUGGUACAUGAGGGCAGUUGAACAACAUUUGGUCGAUCAGGAAAGUUUCGUAUUUUCGGUACCGUAUGCAGUGGGUGAUGCAGAUAACACUUUAGUUACUGCCAGUCAUGCAAUAUUUGUAAAUGAAGAUGUGCGAUCAGCGCCCGCUGCUGUUGUUGGACAUCAAUUUCAACAUGCAGCGUUGUACAAUUUAUUUAUGAAUGUCACAGGCAAGUGUGAUUCCUGUGACAAUGAAAUGCAAUGCUUCGUAGAAGAUGAAACCGCACGUGUAACUCAUUGCUAUAUACUGGACAAUAACGGAUAUGUUGUUGUUUCGCCGAAAAAAGAUGAGACCGGUUCGUUCUUUGGUGAUGUUCACCAAUGGCUGAUGAGACGAUUUGUGGAAGAAAAGAUAUACCAAGAAGUAAAGAUUCAUAACUACCAAGCUGUGUGUGAAAAACCAGAAAAGACCGAUGGUAAUGCGGGAAGCAUUCUGCAAGGUCCAAUCAAACAUUUUCUCAACAUUUUCAAAUGGUUCGGACGAGUUUUGACCUGGACAUUUAUACAUUUGACUAUGAUAACACCUGCUUAUAGCUAUCCAAAUUAUGAAGAAUUUGGUUCUUAUGCAGAUGCCUCAACAUCAGAUCCUAAUGAUAAUCCUUCAGACAAUUCGGCAGAAGAGAAAGCUAAAGUAGAUAAUUCUGUAAUCAUAAAUCGAACACGCCUUCAGCCAUGUGAUAAAGUAAUUUCUUUGUACACUCUUGGUGCAGUGGGAGGUGAAUCCAUUUAUAACGAGCCAGCAAAUGAUUGCGAAAAGCCAUUUGUUGUGGUACCAAUACCCCAAAGUAAUUUGAUAUUGGUCGUGUUUGAGGCUCGAAUGUGUCCAGUGGCUACAACUAAGCCAAUCUCUAUUGUACCUCGAGAAUAUACAUAUGAUAACAACGGGUCAUUAGCGUGUUACCGUGUUGGCAACGAUAAUAAACUGAUUAGAAGGAGACCAUCAAGCUGCAUUCGAUAUCACGUUAAUGAAAGCUCCAUCGACCAAUGCGGUCGAGGAUAUUCGAUAUCGAUGAGCAUAACGUUAAUAGCCUUUCUAAUAAUCGUUCAAGCGUUACUUUAGCAGAAAUAAUUUAAUGAUACAGUAGUGGGGUACUUAUUAAACAAAUAUUAGUCACGUCUUUGCUUAAAAUAAAUUUUUUGUAAACAUGACCACCACCUUCGUCCGAAACGCGUGUACUUCGAUAUAAAUAUUAAGUUAGUUAUCCGUUUCACCUAUACUCAUCAAACAAUCAUUUUCAUUUCAAUUAAUCAUUUUCUUCUCUUUACCAUUUUCAAUGGCGUGUUACCGACUAUACGCUCCGUAGACGUAGCAGACGAAUGUCUUGGAAACACCUAAUCAGUGGCCAAAUAAUUUGUAUUGAAUUUUAAUCUUUUUCGGACGGCUAUUGACAACGACGAUGAGAAUAGAGAUACCGUUUUACAGUUUUAUUUGCAUAAAUAUCUACAAAGUCACACCUUUUGUGUGAGUCCCUUGACUGCUUUAUUUUUUUUUUGAAUACAAACAACUACCCCAAAGUCACGCAAAAACUUCAAGAUUGUAGGAAACUUCUAGAUUGUAGGACCAAUACAGCCCAUCUUCGAACUUAACGUCAAACAAAAACGUUUUUGGUAAUUCCAAUGAGUAUUCAUCAGUUUAAUUUUUCAGACGAAUUUUCCCAAAGUAUGACAAAUAUUUUCCUCCAUUUAAGUUUGUUGGUCAUACAUUCGAAUGUAUGAAUAUUCAUAAUUUUUCAAUCAUAGUACAUAGUGAACAUUUUUAGACAAACAUUUUAGUGUUCACCACCCGUAAGACCCCAUGACCUUCAGUCAUACUUUUACCUUGCAAACGACUCGUUAAAAUCACGUCACAACUUCGAUAACUAAUCAAAUGACGUAUUUAUUUACAGUCUGUGAAAAGUUAAAAUGUUUAGUGUUCGAAUGAAAUCGAAGUAAAGAUGAUUCAUCUUAAAAUUUUCAGUGCCUGUCUGGCUAAGAAAGCACUCUUUCCUCUACAUGAGCGGGACCAGAACAAGGAAGGAUAUCACGAAGAGUUUGAUUGAAAAUGAGCCAUCCGUUUCGCUUUUAAAUUCAAAAUUACAUUACUGGAAAGAACAGGUUAAGACAAUCUCGAAAGCAACAGGCAGAAAAACGUGAACUCAGUGGAUUUUUUCCAUAUAACAUUUUUUAGGCACAUAAAAUGUCUAAGUCGAGAAACAGCCAGAUAAUGUCGUUCCCACUAUUUUCGCGAUCAGGGAGUCUUAACUAAGUUUGUAAUCUGUCAUGCGGAACUAUGAUACUUCUGUACACACCCGACGUUUAUAUUCUUGGUCUUACCCUGCCCUUUUAAAACCGAGAAUGUUAUUAAUGAGUUGAACAAAAUUGAUCCAUGGACUGAUACAUACUAACUCUCCUAUUUACUGCGCGGUGUUUCCAUAGAUUUUCGACAAUCGAAAACAUAAAAACAAAUUCAUUUACAAA